UGGGUGGUGAGGUUGGGUCGGUUGAUUACUUACUGGCUAAUCAACUAUGCGGUACUAUGAGGAUCCAUGCUGCUAUCCUGCUCGCCAUCACCAUGGUCGUCCAAAUAUCGAGAUUGAUGUGGUUCCCGGUUGGGGUGGCGGCUAUUAUCCGCCGCCGCCUCCGCCUCGGCCCGCCGAGGUUGUCUACAUGACGCCGGCGGCCACCUACAUCCCCGGCACCGGAGCCCAGAUGAUAAUGCCGCAGCCCUACGGCGGAGUCACGGUGGCCACCAAUGGAUACUAUCCCCAGCAGCAGCCGGCCUACGAAUAUCAGUACCAGUACCAGCAGCCCUACGGCAAUCCUCCCUAUCAGCAGUGGUGAAAGAGGUUUGAACGGCGGAGAAUAAACUAAGCAACCUCCAAAUUAACCAAAAUGAAAUGUAUUAUCGAUAAAGUGUAACCGAACGAUAGAUAACAAAAGGAAAAACAAAUAUCCCUUGUCUUUUUAUAAAGUUCUUGAAAUAACAACAAAAAUCUGUUCAGCAAAGAUAUAGAUAGUGGGUUCCAUUGAUAUCAAAGACAACCUGUGUGUGUACCGACAAGUUGUAUGUAUCAAUAUAUAGCUAAUUAUAAACAACAGACAAGUGGCGGAAUUUAUUAUCAGAAGUUUUUCUAAGAAAGGUUAUUAACUAAUCAGAUCAGAAAUAAGUUUUAUAAGUUACCUUUCAUGUAAAAUUAUCAACAUUUCAAUCGUUUUUUAAAUAAA